GGUAUGCAGCGACCAUUUCCCUUCAAGUCUCAAAAGUGGAAACACUUAAAAGGAUUACAAGCGUGAUUUGGUGGCCUUACUGAAAGUUGGUGGCCUGAGGAAGAGAAACUGCAAGGCUACGGCACGAUGGAUACAAUUCAGCCUCCCAGAGAGUUUGCACCUCCCGCUGGGCAGCCCCUCGGAGCAAAUCUCGGAGAUCUAGAGCGCUCUGCAUGGAUAGUUUUGUAAUCAACUACGAACGAUGAAACCUUCCAUAGCUGAGAUGCUUCACAGAGGAAGGAUGUUGUGGAUAAUUCUUCUAAGCACAAUUGCUCUAGGAUGGACUACCCCAAUUCCCCUGAUAGAGGACUCAGAGGAAAUAGAUGAGCCCUGUUUUGAUCCAUGCUACUGUGAAGUUAAAGAAAGCCUCUUUCAUAUACAUUGUGACAGUAAAGGAUUUACAAAUAUUAGUCAGAUUACUGAGUUCUGGUCAAGACCUUUUAAACUGUAUCUGCAAAGGAAUUCAAUGAGGAAAUUGUACACCAACAGUUUUCUUCAUUUGAACAACGCUGUGUCCAUUAACCUUGGGAACAAUGCAUUGCAGGACAUUCAAUCAGGAGCUUUCAAUGGUCUUAAGAUUUUAAAGAGGUUAUAUCUACAUGAAAACAAACUAGAUAUCUUCAGAAAUGACACCUUCCUUGGCUUGGAGAGUCUGGAAUACCUGCAGGCAGAUUACAAUGUCAUUAAACGUAUUGAGAGUGGGACAUUUCGGAACCUAAGUAAAUUGAGGGUUCUGAUUUUAAAUGAUAAUCUCAUCCCCAUGCUUCCAACCAAUUUAUUUAAGGCUGUCUCCUUAACCCAUCUGGACCUACGUGGAAACAGGUUAAAGGUUCUUUUUUACCGAGGAAUGCUAGACCACAUUGGCAGAAGCCUGAUGGAGCUCCAGCUGGAAGAAAAUCCUUGGAACUGUACAUGUGAGAUAGUGCAACUGAAGAGUUGGCUGGAACGCAUUCCUUACACUGCCCUGGUGGGAGACAUCACCUGUGAGACCCCUUUCCACUUCCAUGGAAAGGACCUGCGAGAAAUCAGGAAGACAGAACUCUGUCCCCUGUUGUCUGACUCUGAGGUGGAGGCUAGUUUGGGGAUUCCCCACUUGUCAUCAAGCAAGGAGAAUGCAUGGCCAACUAAGCCUUCCUCAAUGUUGUCUUCUGUCCAUUUUACUGCUUCUUCUGUUGAAUAUAAGUCCUCAAAUAAACAGCCCAAGCCCACCAAACAGCCCCGAACACCAAGGCCACCCUCCACAUCCCAAGCUUUAUAUCCUGGUCCAAACCAACCUCCUAUUGCUCCUUACCAGACCAGACCACCCAUCCCCAUUAUAUGUCCCACUGGGUGUACCUGUAAUUUGCACAUCAACGACCUUGGUUUGACUGUCAACUGCAAAGAGCGAGGAUUUAAUAACAUUUCUGAACUUCUUCCAAGGCCACUGAAUGCCAAGAAACUUUACCUGAGUAGCAAUCUGAUUCAGAAAAUAUACCGUUCUGAUUUUUGGAAUUUCUCCUCCCUGGAUCUCUUGCAUCUGGGAAACAAUCGUAUUUCUUAUGUCCAGGAUGGAGCUUUCAUCAACCUGCCCAACCUAAAGAGCCUCUUUCUCAAUGGCAACGAUAUCGAGAAGCUGACACCAGGCAUGUUCCGAGGCCUACAGAGUUUGCACUACUUGUACUUUGAGUUCAAUGUCAUCCGAGAAAUCCAGCCUGCAGCCUUCAGCCUCAUGCCCAACUUGAAGCUGCUAUUCCUCAACAAUAAUUUGCUGAGGACCCUACCAACAGACGCCUUUGCAGGCACAUCCCUGGCCCGGCUCAACCUGAGAAAGAACUACUUCCUCUACCUUCCUGUGGCUGGUGUCCUAGAACACUUAAAUGCCAUUGUCCAGAUAGACCUCAAUGAGAAUCCUUGGGACUGUACCUGUGACCUGGUCCCCUUCAAACAGUGGAUUGAAACCAUCAGCUCAGUCAGUGUGGUGGGUGAUGUGCUUUGCAGGAGCCCUGAGAACCUCACCCACCGUGAUGUGCGCACGAUUGAGCUGGAAGUUCUCUGCCCAGAGAUGCUGCACAUCCCACCAGCUGGAGCAUCCCCAGCCCAGCCUGGAGAUUCUCACCUUGCUGGGGGGCCAACAAGUGCAUCACCUUAUGAGUUCUCGCCCCCUGGAGGCCCCGUGCCACUUUCUGUGUUGAUUCUCAGCCUGCUGGUUCUUUUUUUUUCUGCAGUCUUUGUUUCUGCAGGCCUCUUUGCCUAUGUGCUCCGACGGCGCCGGAAGAAGCUGCCCUUUAGAAGCAAGAGGCAAGAAGGUGUGGACCUUACUGGCAUCCAGAUGCAGUGCCACCGGCUUUUUGAGGAUGGUGGCGGUGGUGGAGGUGGAAGUGGAGGUGGGGGCAGACCAACUCUUUCCUCCCCAGAGAAGGCUCCUCCUGUGGGCCACGUAUAUGAGUACAUCCCCCACCCAGUUACCCAGAUGUGCAACAACCCCAUCUAUAAGCCUCGUGAGGAGGAGGAGGUGGCUGUUUCAUCGGUCCAGGAGGCAGGGAGCACAGAACGAGGGGGUCCUGGGACACAACAACCAGGAAUAGGUGAGGUUCUCCUAGGAAGUGAGCAGUUUGCUGAGACACCCAAGGAGAACCACAGCAACUACCGGACCUUACUGGAAAAAGAAAAAGAGUGGGCCCUGGCAGUGUCCAGCUCCCAGCUCAACACCAUAGUGACGGUGAAUCACCAUCACCCUCACCCUCACCACCCAGCAGUUGGUGGGGUUUCAGGGGUAGUUGCGGGAACUGGGGGAGACUUGGCUGGGUUCCGCCACCAUGAGAAGAAUGGUGGGGUGGUGCUGUUUCCUCCUGGGGGAGGCUGUGGUGGUGGCAGUAUGCUACUAGACCGAGAGAGGCCACAGCCAGCCCCCUGCACAGUGGGAUUCGUGGAUUGUCUCUAUGGCACUGUGCCCAAAUUAAAGGAACUGCACGUCCACCCUCCUGGCAUGCAAUACCCAGACUUACAGCAGGAUGCCAGGCUCAAAGAAACCCUUCUCUUCUCGGCUGGAAAGGGCUUCACAGACCACCAAACCCAAAAAAGUGAUUACCUCGAGUUAAGGGCCAAACUUCAAACCAAGCCGGAUUACCUCGAAGUCCUGGAGAAGACAACAUAUAGGUUCUAACCGUAAAAGAAAAAUAAAUUAGUGCUUUUUUUUUUU